AAAAGGUGCAAAUUCCUUUCAAGUACCAUGGUGAUCUUUUGUUUGAUGCUUGUUUGUACAUGGGAACGGCCACAGCGUCGUGUAAAAGUCGUUCAACGCAAGUGAUGGGACGGGAAAAGGACUCCUUAUCCCAAACAGAGGAGUAAAAUAAGCUUUUAAUUUUGGCGUCGCAUGCAUCGUCGUCCACAGCCAGACACUGGAGAAAAAUAAAAAUAAGCACAGAGGGAGGGAGGGAAUUAGGAAGAAAUGUCGAGCUCUCAUUGGUUUCCUUGUACUACAUCUCCUAUUCCUUGCUCUUCUAUCUCUCGCCACUACUUUAUCCGCCUACCCGCCUUGCCGACUCCGGCUAUCUCAACCAACUCCGCCAGAAAUCUCAGGGUCAAAUUGACAUCCGAUUCUCUUACUCCGCCUGAAAACCGCAUCGUUGUGGGAUGUGGAAUUGCGGUCGUUGAUUACUUGGCGGCUGUGGCGGCGUAUCCUAAGCCCGACGAAAAGAUCAGAACCACGAGCUCGAAGGUUCAAGGAGGUGGAAACGCGGGAAAUGCAUUAACCUGUUUGGCUCGUUUGGGCUUAAAUCCAAGGCUAAUUUCCAAGGUUGCGGAUGACACUCAAGGUAGGGGUAUUUUGGACGAGCUCAAAGCUGAUGGUGUGGAUACUUCCUUUUUCGUGGUUUCCAAGGAGGGUAAUUCACCAUUUACCUAUAUCAUUGUUGACAACCAAAUGAAAACUCGUACUUGUAUCCAAACCCUCGGAUAUCCUCCAAUGAAACCAGAUGACCUUUCCCGAGCACGUUUAUUAUCUGCAUUAGAUGGUGCGAGAAUUUUCUAUUCUGAUGGAAGAUUGCAUGAAACUGCUUUAAUUCUUGCGCAAGAGGCAGUUCGCAGGAGGAUACCCAUCUUAAUUGAAGCAGAAAGGGUAAGAGAAGGGUUGGAUGAUCUCCUGAAAUUAGCUGAUUAUGCCAUAUGCUCAGCAAAAUUUCCACAGGCAUGGACAGAGGCACCAUCUGUUCCAAGUGCACUUGUUUCGAUUCUUUUGAGAUUGCCAAAUAUCAAGUUUGUGAUUGUGACCUUGGGUGAAGAAGGAUGCAUAAUGCUUGAGAGAAGUGUUGGGGAGGGUCCGCAGACAGAAGAAAUUGAUGUAGAAAUCUUAAUAGAAUCAUUAAAGCAGAAAAAGGAUGAAAGUGUAGCCAUCCCAACAUACAUAUUAUCGCCAGUGACAAGAUUGAGAGCGAAUGGCAUAGGGACAGUAUGUGGGCGGUUAUUACUUGGAACGGCUGAGAAGAUACCACCAUCAGAACUUAUUGAUACAACUGGUGCUGGGGAUGCAUUUAUUGGAGCUGUAGUUUAUGCUUUAUGUACCGACAUGCAGCCAGAAACAAUGCUGCCAUUUGCAGCUCAAGUGGCAGCAGCAAACUGUAGAGCUUUGGGGGCUCGAACUGGUCUUCCACUACGCUCGGAUCCACGCCUGGCAUCGUUUUUACAUCAGAGUUCCAAAGUGAGGGUCACAUCUUCAGCGAUGUAAAUGGGAAGCAUGGGAUUCAGCAUGCAAGAUGGGCUUUUUAUGUUUUAUGUUUAUUCGUCCACUUGUUUUCGGUUGUCUUUUUAUAAAAAUAAAAAAUAAACGUUUUGUUUAUAUUUAUUUCAGAUUUUCUUGUAUCUAUGAUCAUUUCACUAUUUUAGUAAAAGGAUCAGGAUGCCACACAUGCUUUCCUUCAACAGCAA